CAGUGGAACUCCUUGUUCCACAAUUUGCUGCGGCCAUGAGUGAGGAUAAAAAGAAGCUGAAAUUGCUGCCAGAAUUGGAAUGUGGUGCUGGAGAGAUUGUUGCUGGUGUUGAUGAUGAUGACAAGCCGGCGCCGGUCGACGGUGGAGAAAAUCUAAAGGCUUUGGUGAAACAGCUGAUCAAAGAACGCCAAUACGAAGGGGUAGCCUUGUUGUUCACCACCGCCAGUGAGGCUCCUCGCAAUGUGGCCUUGUUGCGAGAAAUUUCCAUAGAUUUGUACAAUGACGUAUGCAAGGAGUAUUUGAACGAUGAGGUGUACAAAAAUGAUGCUCCACUGUUUUUCUGUGCCGAGGACUUGCUAAAGACCAUGGCCACUCAUGCUCCGCCCGAGGAAAUGCUAAUGGAGCUGUUGGAAUUGAUGGAGGAAAAUGAAAGCGAGUAUGUCUUCACAUCGGCCUUGAGGGCUAUGCAAGUGGUGCUGCUGCGCUUGGGCGAUCGCAAGUCCAUGUCCCUGGAAUGGGCCCUGGACUCCAUAUGGACCCGUUUGGCUAUGCUGCCCGAACCACAACAUCUCUAUGUGGGCUAUGAUGAGAAACAGAAACGAUUGUUGGAACAAGAUGAAGAGGUGAAAAACAUUUUAAUGCAUUACAUCACUUUGGCAUUUUUCUAUGAUCCAUUGAUCGAGGACAUUUGCUCUAAGCCACGCAGCGAAAAGGAAAUAUUUCGCAGCUGCAAGGCGGCAAACAGGCGUAACAUUAUGUGCUGCUUUCUGGUGGAUGUUUUGGGCAAACCCUUUGCCUUGUUGGAUUUAAGUUUUGACCGCCAGGCCGUAGAGGAUAAGAAGACCAAUACCUAUACCAUGCAAUGCGCCAGCUCCUUGGUCAAAGGCAUAACCAAGUGUUUGGUGGAUCCCUACUUUCUGCUCUCCUUUGUGGAGUUGAGAUCGCGAUGGAAGCGUCCCCUGGACGAAGAUACGGGAAUACACGAGAAUAGUUGUGCCAAUGUUUUCCUAAUCGAUGAUAAGAUACCUUUGGAUAGCCUGGCCAUCUACUAUUAUCUGGUCAUAGUGGAAGGUAUUUGUGUUGAGCAAGUACCGCGAGUCUACAAUCUCAUGUAUGUAUGUGAAAUGGGUAUCUAUUUGGCCCAAGAGCUGCUCAAACAAAAUCAUCCCGCCUUGCACGAUAAGGCCUUGCUUUUGGUGCAGAAAUUAAUCCAGAAUUUGGGACACAGACAAAUAUCUUCCUGCGACCUGGACUUGGAUAUACAUAAGGCGUUUUGUAAAACUCUUUGCCACUUGGUGGGAUUUUCGUCGCAAACUCAUUUGCGUCAGCUGGGCCUGAAAGUGCUGCGGCAGUACAUACUGGCCUUUGAUGAUGAGGGAAAAUAUUUAAUUUUAAAGAAUCUCAUGGCCACCAUCACUCAUCAUGGUUUGUGUGGUUAUUUGGCCACCAUUUACAAAGACCUGGUGUGCGAAGCUUUGAAGAGAACAACGACGUUACCCCAAACAUUUGCUGGCACAGAUUUUCGUUCGAUUGUUAUGCAAACCAUAUGUAAACUUCCCCAGGGUGUGGAGACGGAUCUGAUAGAUAAUUCCGAUCAGAUCAUUUCCACCUUAAAUGCUUUGCGUUUCUUUGCUCUCAAGGAUAACACAAAUCGCACAGGCUUCUGGUCUUUUGUGGCCGACAUUGAGGAGAAAUAUAUGACGCCGCUGCGUAAUGCUUUGGAUCUUUCCGAGGCCCAUUACAAGGCUGAGCUGAAGAAGGUACGCGAAGGUCGAGACGCCAAAGAAAUGGAACAAUUAAAAAUGCUGAAUAUUGCCAUAGGCAAUUCGGAAAAAGGCGCUGCAGAAGGUGGUGGCUUGGAUUUAGAGCUGGAUCGUGAUAAGAAAAUUGAAUUGCUCAAUCAAAGCCUGUGUACAUUCGAUUUGAUACGAAGUCUGUUGGGAAGGGUCGCUGAGUGUUUGGACCAGGUGCCCAAAAGCGGUGAUGGCCAACAACAACAAACUGAAACUUUUAAUACCUAAAUUUUGAUAAUAAUAAAUGAUAAUUUUUCUAAAAAACACACACACACACA